GGCCAAGCAUCCAAAUACUUUCUGGAGUUAUCAAUUUGGGUACAUGAGAACGACUCUGGAGCUUGGGCAGAAAUCAUGCUUGCUGCAGGUUAGCUCUGUGGCAACUCUAGGCAUCCUCCUAGCAGUUUUAGGCUUGAUCCACACUACAAACAGUACGGCUGCAGGCCAAUCACCAACAUGCAGCGCAAGGCAACCUCUUCCAAAGUUGCUCUCAACUUUACAGCGUCAUUUUCCUGAACAUAAAUGCCAGCAGGUUGACGAAUUGACGAAUUGACGGUCAGCAUCACACAAAAUGUCAGCCGAAAAUGCGAAGGUAGUUUCAACGGCCCCGCUUGCCAACAGCGAGGCGAGAUGGGUACAGCUUCUCAAGAUAGAAUACAAAGAUCCCAAAGGUAAACCCCGAACAUGGGAGAGUGCUGAGCGACUCACACGACCGAAGGGAACCGACAUCGACGGAGUCGGCAUCUUUGCCGUUUUGGAGAAGCCAACGGGUCCCGAGAUUAUCCUCCAGAAGCAGUACCGACCGCCGGUGGACAAGGUAACCAUUGAAGUCCCGGCCGGCUUGGUCGACGCAGGCGAGACCCCUGGAGAGGCCGCAAUCAGAGAGUUGAAGGAAGAGACUGGAUAUGUUGGAAAGGCAGUCGAAUCCUCUCCCAUCAUGUUCAACGACCCUGGAUUCUGCAAUACCAACCUUCGGAUGGUCCAUGUCAGCAUCGACAUGAGUCUACCUGAAAAUCAGGAUCUGAAGCCAGAGCUAGAAGAGAAUGAGUUCAUAGAGGUCUUCACGGUACCGCUAACCAAUAUGUACGCCGAGUGCAAGAAACUGGAAGCCGAGGGCUAUGCAAUCGAUGCACGGGUUGGAACCAUAGCCGAGGGCAUCGAGAUUGCUAAGCAGUUCAAAUUGUAAACACCAUACCUGAGUUUCUAAUCAAUUCGGGCCAACUACGUUGGAUUCCAACGUUGUUCAGAAGCCGCUGAACACGUACGACCGUACCGCUCCAUUGUUGAUCAGGUCCUAGUCUAUGUGUGCCGAGCUUGAUAUACAACGCUGUAUUUUCGAAACCAGAAUGAAAUUGAAGCUUCGAAAUUCUCACGAGUUCCGUUGUUGAAGAGACUGGAAUGAUAGGACAAUCGAAAAAAUGGCACCCGAUGUUAGCUAUGCUGCAUCGAAACAAUGCAGCAGCCUUCGAUAUCACGAUAUCUAGAUACCUCUAGGCAUUUAAU